AUGUCUGCCCAUCAUUUAUGUGUGGGGUCAUCGAGCUUCCCAGAAUGGUACUCAAGGACCCCAGCAGCUGUCCAGUCUUAUAGCUGGAACAAUAAUUCCGACCCCGCAAAAGAUGCAUAUGAUGAAGCAGUUCGCAUAUUUUCAACUACUUUUAGCAAAGUCGACGAGAAGAUUCUUCUUCAGAAUCACACUACGUUAUCCGAUGUUAUCACUACCGUCGAGUCGCUCAAAGCGGCACACGAGUCUAAAACUCUGAAAUCGGAAAAACUACAACAAUACCUACGAAUUUUUUCCUCCCGUAUAAUGUACUACGGUACAGUCUUAGAUGUCAUGGUUCAGCACCAUCCCGAAUAUGCCUCGCUCGCUUGGGGCACUAUGAAGUUCUUGUUCCAGGGAGUCAUGAACCACGAGGAGCUUGUUGUACAAUUAGCUAAAGGUAUAACAAAAAUUGCCGUUGCACUGCCACGAAUGGAGCUACGGGCCAUACUUUACCCAACAGCUCAGAUGAGGCACUUGAUCCAGACUUUAUACGCCCAUAUCAUUAAAUUUCUCAUGAGAGCGGUGAAAUGGUACCAACAGCCAACAUGGAAACGGGCGGUAUCGUCGAUAACUGAACCGUUUGCGCUGCAUUUCAAAGAUAUCCUUGAGGAUAUAUCGGAGCAGUCCCGGCAAAUUGACCAACUCGCGGUAGCGGCAUCUCAGGCGGAGUUAAGAGAUAUGCAUAUCAUGAUAGCUAGCAUGAAAACCCUUCUCGUCGACGAGAUAUCACCUGGAAUCCGGGAUUUACAACUCUCCUCAGCACUAGAUUUUGUCAGCCGGACUAGAUAUAUCGAUCCAGAGGCUAGCUUACGGUAUUGUAAACUGCUGAGUAACCGACGCAGCGAACCACGCCGCUAUCUUGUGGACGCACAGCUUCUAUGUACGCUCAGAGGAUGGGUGACAGUGGACACCAGUUCAACAAUGGUAAUUAAGGGAGCUGGCAUAAGAGUUCCUGCGCAAUGCCGAGACUUUGGCGCGGACUUGAUUCAUUGCGCUAAGCGGCCCACGAUCCCGUUAAUAUGGGCUCUGGAAGCCGCGCCUGGAAACGACGAUAGGGAUCGAAUUUUGUCAGCUGUUGAUCUUCUCAAAUACUUGGUUUUCCAGAUCCUCAAGCUCAACUCAAAUACAAUGCCCCGGAACGUAAACGCAUCGAUAUUUAGGACUGCUAGCACAGAAGCUGAGUGGUUUAACUUGCUUACCGCAUUAUUAUCGACGCUCCCUCGGGUAAUAAUUGUGGUGGACGCAUCUCUCAUUGGAGAACGCCUCUCGGACGAUAUUUCAUGGAUCGAUGCCUUUUUUAGGGUCUUCGAAGAUCUUAGAAUCCUAAGGAAUUCAGCAACGAUUGUUAAAGUUGUUCUCUUGAACUUCGAUACGACUGACGCUCGCGCUUCUGACUUUACUUUGCUUAAUUUGCGAACUGCUAAGGGUAGAGGGAGCUCGCGAGGAAAUGCGGCAGUGAAUAGGAGAAGGGCACAGAGGGGUCUUCGUACUACAUUGAGAGGAAUCAAUUAA